AUGCAAAAACUUGCUUUUGACAUUGUCAAGUCUCAUUUUGACGAUACAUCAUCUGAAAAAGAGCCAUUAUGUCUAAUUAUCAAUGGUGUUGCAGGGACGGGUAAGAGUUACCUUAUUAAUGCUCUUAGAAAUCUUUUGCAAAGUAAAUGUGCUAUUACUGCUACCACCGGUAAAGCAGCCUAUAACAUUAAAGGUGUAACUGUGCACUCUCUGUUAAAGUUGCCUAUAGGGUCAAGAGGUAAUAAAGAUCUAACAGGACAAAGCCUGUGUAGAUUACAAGAGAGUGUUAAUAAUAUUGAAUAUAUCAUUAUUGAUGAAUACUCAAUGCUUGGCCAAGUUACUUUUGGUUGGUUAGAUAAGCGUUGCAAACAAGCAACUGGUUAUAAUGACAAAGUAUUUGGUGGAAAAAUCAUUGAUUUUAACUGGAAUCCAGGUCAAUUGCCACCAGUGGCAGACAAGCCUCUUUUAUCUGCUAAACCAUCAAAUUCUGUUGGCGAACAAGGUUAUCAAGCAUACUCUAUGUUUGACAAAGUUGUUAAGCUCACUAUUAAUCAACGUGUGCAAGCAAAAGGUGCUAGGGUUAUGUUAACCAUGAAUUUGUGGUCAAGUGUUGGCCUCUGUAAUGGAGCUACUGGAACAGUUGUUGAUAUUGUCUAUCAGAACAACCACCAACCACCUGACUUGCCUAUUGCAGUCAUUAUUGAGUUUGAGAACUACAGAGGUCCUGUUUUUAAUGUGAACAAACCAUCUUGUGUUCCAGUGUGUCCAAUCACAGUCUCAUCACAGUCAGAAACAAGUUUUCAUGAGCGGCAACAGUUGCCUCUAAGACUCGCCUGGGCUCUAACAAUACACAAGAGCCAAGGACUUACUCUUCCAAAAGCUUGGAUAGAUAUUGGCAAAUCAGAAAGAACUGCUGGAGUUUCAUACGUUGCCAUUAGCAGAGUGAGAUCGCUUUCAUCUUGCGUCAUUGAACCCAUGACAUAUGAACGAUUAACAAGCUUGAAAUCAUCAGCUAAUUUACAAUUCAGGCUUGAGGAAGAAAACCGCCUAGAUCGUUUAGCACAGACUACCAAUAACGGUGCAUUUUAA